AUGGCGAACGAUCCGGAAAAUGUGAAUUGUGCUACGAGUCUUCUUCGCGAAGCCGCAGCCGUACUUGCUCAAAACAGUGCACCUUCUAAUGAAACCGGCAGAUCUGAGAGCGGGACUCCUACAACUACAAGUAGCAAUGUUGCUAUAAGCACAUCAUCGUCGUUUUCAAUGCCAAACACAAGGCCAAGCAGUUCGGGCAGUCAUCCCUCAACAAGUGACGCUGUGAGUAAGACCACCUUACAAGAAAGUGUGUAGAAGAAAGGGUUUACAAAGCAGAAGGAAACAUGGACGCACAAAGUCUUGUCUGGGCAGUGUUGACGAACAAGCGACGCCAACACGGGAAAGAAAGGAUAUACUUCAACAUGCAGGCUUGGGAAGAAGCAAGAUCAAAUUCUACGCCAAUGCCAAUGCUAUUGAUUUUAAGGAAAAAUUGGAGGAAGUGUUUCCCAAACUUAUUUUAGGCCGAGGAUUUGAACUGUUAAGACACGGUCCAUCAGGAAAUGGUUUAGUUCUCAUUCGCCAACCAGCCAGUGGAUAUUCCGUGAAGUAUCUAAGAGAGUCAUCCGGUAUAGGGCAAGCAUUGCUGUACAUUAGGCCAUUACAAAUGAACCUGGAUAUGUCUCCAGAAGAUCUGGAUGAUACAGAAUUUGACUCAGAGGUGAGACAAAGUGUGAUGAAACAGGGAGGGGGCUAGGUGGGGAGGCAUACGGUGUCAUACUCUAUAUUUCUAUAUUUCUGGGGGAGCAUGCCCCUGGUGGCCCCUAAAGUUUCUCUAGCCACCCUCCAACCAACAAAACCAAUCUUUUGACACCAUUACAUGAGCACAAUGUACACACUGCUGUCCCACACUGGAAAGUAGGCCACUUUAGCCCGAGAUCUGCGGCAGGCUAGCUAUUUUGUAAUACUUAUUACUAAUAAGUUUCUGUUAUUGCGGCAGUUCUCCUGCGGCAGCUUGUUGGUGCUUUUUACCCAGGCUGCUGUCUGCAGCUGAGAGGUUCAGAUUAUUCAUGCUUGUUUAAUUGAGGAUUUAUUGAUCCUGGCCCCUUCUCCAAAGCAGCUCUCUGUUGGCGAGGAGGCCCAAUAAAGCAGGGGGGGGGAGGGUAUUAUUGAUUUGUGUUAUGGAAAAUUUUCUUGAUUCUUGUGAUAUUUCAUGUUUAUGUACAGGCAGUGGAAGAGGCACCUAAAGUGUGUUGUAUCAACUGUAACAUAAACAUCCCAGUUUCAUUGAUACGGAGUCAUCAAGCAGAAUGUAAUGGGUGAGUAAAAGUACAUUACAAUGCACUUGUUAUAGGGAAGGCAUAGGAAGAAUUACAGGCAUGUACAGUAGAUUAAACUUAAAGGACAAGAUUUAUACAGAUAGUUAAUAAUUUACUUAUUUAGAUGAGGAUUUCCAGCGGAUUCCCAGCUUCAAUCGGCUUUAGAAAAUGCCAAUUUCAACUUGACUAGUGCAACAGAGAUAAUUUUAGGACAAGGAGGUUAGCUAUUAUAAUUUAAUUUGAAAAUCUAAAAAUAGUAUACAAAACUCUGUAUAAACCCUCGUGCUACCCUACGAGGUGCAUUCCAUGUUAAUUGUUGAUGCCAUGGUUUUAGAUUCUGUAAAUAUCAGUUCAUCAGACUCAAGUGACGUGGAGACAGCACUGGACAGCAAUCUCCUUACUCCAAUUGUUUUGUGUGAAGAUAGAGAAGUCUGUGAUGACACUACAACUUCACUACCCAACAAAAUAAGGUUAUUCAAAGAAAACACAAUUGCCGCCAAUUCACCUCGUCAGUUGUUCUGUGUAUGCAGAAGUGAAGGUGUUGAACAAUUAAAGCUUGACAUCUUGGGUGUAUACAAGAACCCCAACACAAAUUUAACAGCAAGACUGAGGGUCCUUUUUGAAGGGGAAGAAGGAGUGGGAGCAGGCCCUGUCAGGGAAUUUCUAUUCUCAGCAGUUAAGCUUGUAGAAGAUGGCAUUGAUUUCCCCAUGAAGCCAAUCAUUUAUUUUGAAGGCCAAGAUGACCAUAAAGUUCCUGUCCACAACCAAGCUCUAAGGCAAACAGGAAGCUUUAAAGCAAUUGGACGGAUCCUUGCUCAUGCAUUCCUGCACGAUGGCCCAUGUUUGGGAGGUCUGUCCCCAGCAGUGAAACAUUACUUUACAUGCAAACAAGGUCAAGACACAACAGUGAACACACCACCACUGGAGAUAAUGGAUGUUCCGGAUGUUGAGCUUCAAGCAAUAUUAGAAGAAGUAAGCUACUGUAACUAAACUUACUAUAAUUUAUGGAUUUGUCAUUUGUGAGGACAGACAGGGAAUUGGCAAAUGGGGGGUUUAAAAUUUUCCAUCUGUCAAGUCCCCCAUCCCAUUUGCCAAUGCCCUUCCCUAUAAAUAAUGACCACUCCCUUACAAGCAACAGAUACCCUGGAAAAAUUCGGUCAACAUGUACUGUAGCUCUAUUCCCUAAUGUAAGGGUCUUAUUUAGGGUUACAUAGUACUUGAAGAUUCUAAGUGUUGAAAUCCUAAAACAAUGGUACCAGUAACCCUUGAACUCUAUCGUAUAAUUAUUUGGAAAAAAAAAGAACAAUAUGGUGACAGUACACAUUUAAGAUGUACAAUAAAAGGCAUAACUCUGAAAUAACCUCCUCCACAGGCCGUAAUGAAUUCCCUAAUUUUGUAAGGCAGAGUAUGCCCAUUUGCAGGUCUGGCCAGAAGUUUGAAUAUUGGUACUCUUAAAAUUUAAUAAUAUAGGUAUAUUAUAAUUUUUCUCAUAGGUACUGCAGUCACCCAGGCAUGAAUCUUUACCAAAUAGUCUUGUCUCAAAUCUGGUUCCAUACCUUAUCGAGGCUGGUAUUGAUAUAGAACUAUUACACUCUAGCAGGGAAAUUGUUGUUCAAGGCCUUCUUCUGUUUUUUGUUAUUGAGAAGAGAAAGUUGGAACUUGAUGACAUUUCAACUGGUAUGUUAAGUGCAAUCAGAUAUCCUAUUAACCUAUCAUACUUGCUUGAGGAGAAAAGUGUUUGAGAUUACACAGGGUUAUUGUACAGUAACAACAAAUUACUGUAUGUAUCACUGGAGGAUUCUUGUAUAUACAUAUGAUUGGUUAACCAUAGCUAUCAAAGGGGAGAGGGCCAUGGUGGGAAUUUGCCCCGUCCCUGAAAGAUCCCUGGGAACAUUUUACCCUUGGAUUCGCACCAUAUUUCAAGGCAAUGAAUUCAAUUGAAUGUAUUUAUGACUUUUAGACUUCUCUUCUUCUUUAAGGAUGACCUCCCAGGUCUAACUAUCAUGUCGCAACCUCCAUGUCUUGUCACUCCGCCCCCUUUGAGGUCCCCAGUUCUACAACACUGUUACUUAAUACUACACUACUGUUUUACACAGGAAUGCAGACAGUGGGUUUGAAAUCAUUUAUUGAAACUAACCCUGAAGUUAUCAAUCAGCUUUACCCAACAAGAAAGGAUUGUAAUAUUUAUGCACAAGAAGUGAAAGACAAAAUUGAAUUCAGUGAUGAUGAGAAACUGGAAAGGAAUGCAAAGACAAAGGACUUCUUUUUUUCAGUAU